AUGGACGUGCUGUUCCUGGUGAACCCGACUUCCUGGAGCCCCUGCAAUUCCCUGUGCUGCUCCUCAGGUGAGAUCAACCUGGGCCAGGAGCAGUUCCAGCCUGGGAAGAGGCAGGAGUGGGGGAAAAUCGGGAUGUGGGGGGAUCCAGAGUGGCUUUGGGGGGGUCAGCAGGGAUUUCCCAGGGGGCUCAGUGGGGGCGGGGAGGGGCCGGUUCCCAGCCCAGUGGCCCCCAAAGCCCCCGGGGAGCCCCCAAAUCCCACAGGAGCGGCCCCAAACCCGGCCUUGUCCCCUGAGGUCAGGGAGGAGGGGCAGGGCACCCCAAAUCCUGCCCUGGAUCCCCCGGAUCCCCCGAGCUGCUGCUUCCCAAACCACGGAAUUCCCGGAUUUAUCCCAUUUCACCCCAAAACCCUCCCAGAAUUCUUGGAUUUAUCCCAUUUCACCCCAAACCCUCCCAGAAUUCUUGGAUUUAUCCCAUUUCACCCAAACCCUCCCAGAAUUCUUGGAUUUAUCCCAUUUCACCCAAACCUCACCAGAAUUCCCAGAUUUAUCCCAUUUCACCCAAACCUCACCAGAAUUCCCAGAUUUAUCCCAUUUCACCCCAAACCCCACCAGAAUUCUUGGAUUUAUCCCAUUUCACCCAAACCUCACCAGAAUUCCCAGAUUUAUCCCAUUUCACCCAGACCCUCCCAGAAUUCCCAGAUUUAUCCCAUUUCAUCCAAACCCUGCCAGAAUUAUUGGAUUUAUCCCAUUUCACCCCAAACCUCACCAGAAUUCCCGGAUUUAUCCCAUUUCACCCCAAACCCUGCCAGAAUUCCCGGAUUUAUCCCAUUUCACCCAAACCCCACCAGAAUUCCCAGAUUUAUCCCAUUUCAUCCAAACCCCACCAGAAUUCCCAGAUUUAUCCCAUUUCCCCCAGCCCAGGCUCGGUGGGAUCGGGUGGGGUUUGGCCCUUUCCCCUCGUUGGAUUUGAUCCACUCUGGAUUUCAUGGAUCUGCCCCCCAAAAACCCCGGGGAUCCCCAAACUCCCCCCCAGGGCACCCAAAGCGGCUUCGGAACCUUUAAUGCCAUUUUGAUUUCCUUUUUUGGUUUUUUUAUUCUCUUUUUUCUACUUCUUUGUAUUCCUUUAAUUUUUAAUUCCGUUUUUCUUCCCUUUUAAAUUUAAUUUUUUAAACUUUUGGUUUUAUUUCCUUUCCCUCUUUUUAUUGCCUUUUUAUUUCUUUAUUGAAUUUUUACUUGCAGUUCUCUCUUUUUCAAUUCAAUUUAUUUCCCUUUUGAACUUCAUUUUUUCUUUUCCUUUUUUUUCUAUUCAAUUUUUUAUUUCAUUUUUCGGUUUUUAAUUUCCAUUUUAACUCCACAUUUAACGCCACCAAGUGAAUCCAAAGCUUCUCCCCACUAUUAUUUGUUUUUCCUGCUUUUCCGCAGUUUCCCGGGACGAUGCUGUAUUUAAAGAGAAUAUUUAAGUGGAAAAAUAAAAAGUGGUUAAACUUG